AUGUCUACGUCUCCAUUGGGCCUGCAAUGCCUCCGUGGUGCUCUGACAGGCCGACAAAUGCGUGCAGAUUUCGCGGAUUUGAGGGCGCAACGAAUCAAACAGCUAAUGGUAUUAGUGACUAGAUUGCGAACACUGAUAAUACGAACACUCCUCCCGGAGGACUCCGGACAUAUAGUUCUGGGAUCUGGUGCUGCUGCAAGAGAAGUGUUUGCAAACAUUCGCAGCCAGCAAGAUAUGCACUAUGAACUUCACUCAACCUACGCCCGUUUCGUCGUCGUGUCACCAUUGACUAGGACACGAAGACGAGAUGUCAACAUUGUCAUAUAUCUUCGAAACCCCUUGCGGGUAGAAAAGACAGAAAAGUGUUAA